AUGACCGGGCCCACCACAUCCAAAAUGCUGACUUAUCGGCUCAGCAAGACCGAGAGCUCGCCUAUGACACAGUUCAUCGACCAACAAAGUCAAACCUACAACACCAUCGAGGACUACGUCAACUCGCACGUCGAGGAUCCAUCUAAAGCACGCCACAUCAAAAAGGUAGGUGGGGGUUGUGGGAUGGUAACUUGGGUUUUAGCGUGAGGGCGGGGUAAAUUGAGUUUUAAGCUUGAGGGCGGGGUAAAUUGGGUGUUUAGUUUGAGGGCGGGGUAAAUUGAUUUUUUAACUUGAGGGUGGGGUAAAUUGAUCUUUUUUUAAAGUUUUUAGGUUUUUUUUGUUUUUAAUGCUUUUGUUACCUAAAUUUUUAAUUUAAAAAGUGUUGCUUUAUAUUAUCAUACCUACUAAAUCAAUAUCCUUACAGAUCUUAGUAGCCACGAACGGUAUCGCGGCCGUAAAAUGUCUGGUCUCCAUCCGCAAGCGGAUGAUGAACCUCUUCAAAGACGACCACAUCAUUCGUCUCAUCUGCAUGACUACCGACCAAGAGAUCGCGUCUCAAGCCGAAUACCUCAAGUACGCUGAUCAUUUCACCAUCGCACCGGCCGGCGCCAACACCAACAACUACGCCAAUGUGGAUGAAAUAAUCUCCCACGCCGUUAUGAAUGGCGUCGACGCAGUAUGGGCCGGCUGGGGACACGCUUCCGAGAACCCACGUUUGCCAGAAGAGCUGGCCAAGCACAAUAUCGUGUUCAUCGGUCCACCGGCCGAUGCUAUGUUUGCUUUGGGAGACAAAAUUGCUUCUACUAUUAUUGCUCAGGUAAAACUUAUUUUUGUAGUGGAAAGAAAGUUUUUGCAUUUUUUUUGUAUUGUAAAGAAAGUUAUUGCUGUUUUAUGUUUUUUAAUGAAAGUUUUGGUCAUUUUAUGUUUUGUAAAGAAAGUUCUUGCCAAAAGUCUGAAAUAGUGACUGAUCCUUAACUUUUAGACCGUCAAAAUCCCAACAAUCGAAUGGUCCGGCUCCGGUUUGGUCGUGAACGAGUCCGGCGAAGGAGCCGUGGUUAACAUCCCAGCCGACUUGUACAAGCAAGCUUGUGUUUACAAUGUCGAAGAAGGCUUAAAAUGCCUGAAAGAGAAGAAUAUCACAUAUCCAAUCAUGAUCAAGGCUUCAGAAGGCGGUGGAGGCAAGGGAAUCAGGAAGUGUAACAACGACGAGGAAUUCCGCAUCAAUUUCCGUCGUGUUCAGGUAGGUUAAUAUUGGAUUGGUAUGGGGUUUUGAAGGCUUUUGGGGGUGUUUUUUGGUUUUAUGAGUGGACAAGGAUUUUUUAAUAAGAGGAGGGGUAGAGCUUUAUUUUUUUAUUUUUUUAGGGGUAGGUUUUAAGAUUUUUUUAAAAAUUUUUUAAAAAAUGUUGUUAUAGACUGAAGUCCCAGGCUCUCCAAUCUUCCUCAUGAAGUGCCUGAUGAACGCACGUCACAUUGAAGUACAACUAAUUGCCGAUCAGUACGGCCAAGUUGUACCGUUCUUCACCCGUGACUGUUCCAUCCAGCGUCGUUGCCAGAAGAUUAUCGAAGAAGCCCCAGCCGGUAUUGCACCAAAGGAGGUGCUGAGACAAAUGCAGCAGGUAAAAUACGUUGUCUUUUUCUUUUUUUGGUAAUUUUAAAAAGGUUUAAAGGGUGAUUUUUGAAUUUUGUAAAGAAAGUUUUUGCAAUUUUUUGUUUUGUAAAGAAAGUUUUUGCCAUUUUUUGCUUUGUAAAGAAAGUUUUUGCAAUUUUUUUUGUAAAGAAAGUUUUUGCCUUUUUUUGUUUUGUAAAGAAAGUUAUUGCCAUUUUCCAAUUUUUAACUUUAAUUAUUCAGGAUGCUGUCAACCUGGCCAAGAAAGUAGGCUACGUCUCCGCCGGUACCGUCGAAUACAUGUACCUACCCGAAUCCAAAAAGUACUACUUCCUCGAGCUAAACCCUCGUCUUCAAGUCGAACAUCCCUGUACCGAGAUGAUCUCCAACAUCAACAUUCCGGCCAUUCAACUCCAAGUGGCCAUGGGUAUCCCGCUACACAGGAUCGACGAAAUCAGACUGUUCUUCGGAAUGAAUCGCUACGGAAAAUCACCCCUCCCAGAGGAUCAAAUCCGCACCGACGUCAACAUUUGUGUGAUUGCGGCUAGAAUUACAUCAGAAGACCCAUCGGAUCAGUUUAGACCAGCAUCUGGUAAGGUGGUGAAUCUGGAGUUCCAGUCAAACCAGAACGUCUGGGGAUACUUUUCGGUUUCGGCCGCUGGGCAAGUUCACGAGUUCGCCGAUUCACAGUUUGGACAUUUGUUUGCGAAGGGUAGUACACGGUAAGUUAUGUUGAGUUUGGCAGCCUCUUUAGUCUUUUUAAAGCCUGAGGGAUCUUUGGUGCGACUCCCUUGUUGAAAUAUGACAAGUUUUUAAAAAUAUGACAUCUCUAAAGUGAUGAAAUAAUUUUAGUCACGAAGCCAUUGCCGCCAUGACCUGUGCUUUAAAAGAACUUCGUCUUCGCUCAACCUUCCCUUCUCAAAUCAACUACUUGGUCGGCUUGUUGAACGAUGAAGACUUCCAAAGAAACAACUUCCACACCGGAUGGUUGGAUGCCAGAAUCCAGAACAAUAUCCAAUCCGUACCUGAACUACCAGUCAAUGUCACAUUGGCCGUUGGUGCGACAGUUAUCGGACACGCCAAGAUCGCAGAAGUCUUUUCUAAAUUUCAAUCGGCUAUUGAAAGGUAGGUUUUGUUUAUAUUGUAGUAGGUAGAGAAAGCUCAAAAAAAUUGUUAAAAUAUUUUAAGAGUUAAUAUAUAAAAUUUAUAUUAUAGUAGGUUUGAAAUAGCAAAAAAAUAUAUUUUUUUUAGAUAAUUCUAAAUUAAAAAUUUAAUUUUUUUUAAUUUUAAAAUAAAAAAUUUUAAAAAAUCCCUUCAGAGGUCAAAUUCUGCCCACCUCUGAACUGACCGAAACCUUCGAACUCGAACUCGUCCACAACAAUGUCAAAUACUCGGUCAUGGUCAACCGUUAUGGCCCAAUCAAUUUCCUCGUCAAACUUUCGGACAACGACAGCGAAAUCUGCACGGAAGUUCGCGAACUAGGUCACGAAAGUCUGCUGGUAACAUACUCUGAUCAAUCCUACACGUGCCAUUUGGAAGAAGAGGUAGAGCGCUACAAGGUGAACAUUGGCCGAUCUCUGACCAUUUUCGAAAAGGAAAAUGAUCCCUCAGUGUUGCGGUCAAGAAAUGCCGGUAGAUUGUUGCAGUACCUGGUAAAGGACGGGGAAAUGAUCGAGAAGGGCGAGACUUAUGCGGAGAUGGAGUCAAUGAAGAUGGUCAUAAAUUUGGAAGUAAAGAAGGCAGGAGGAAGAUUGGUUCAUGUCGCCAGACCUGGUCAAGCUCUGUUCCCAGGAACGCUGAUCGCCAGACUGGAUGAUCAAGGAGACAUGUCUAGCUCAAGACCAGAAAAGUUCGAAGGAGAGUUUGAGGAAUGGAAUCAGGCUGAAGAGCGAAAACAGUUGGGCAAGGUCAGACUGAAUGUCAGAUUCGAACAACUGAUUCAAGCCUGUACCGACGUUCUCGAUGGCUACGCAGUGCCAGAGCUCCUAUUCAAACAGAGGAAGAACGCCUUGGUUGAUGAGCUCUUCACCACCCUCGAGAACCAAGCUCUACCCUACAACUUGUUCAAGGUAAUGCUGAAUGUGGUCGAAACGAAAAUCAACAAGAUUGGCACUUACAACAAGAUCAAGGAACUCAUUUCCAAGGAAACUGUGCCAUUCCCAGCCGACGAAUUGGCCGAUGAGAUUGAGAACUACUUGGCCACAUUGGACCCAAUUGCCGCUGCCGCCGACCAACCAUACUUUGAACCAUUGUUGAACAUUUGUGCCAAGUUCAAGCAUAACUUGAAGGGACACAAGAAGCAAGUGUUAGAAGGCUUCUUGACUGCUUAUCACAACACUGAGAUCAGAUUCCAAGAGGUUUCUUAUGAUAAGGGCGUGAAUAACAUCAAGGAAAUUGUGAGUUUUUUAAUUUAAAAAAAAUUUUAAAAGAUUUUUAUGUUCAAAAAACCAUUUUUUAAUUUCAAAAAAAUCAAAAAAUUUUUUAACUUUAAAUUUUUUUUUUCAUUUUUCGAUAUUUUAUCAAAAAAAUUUGGAAGUUUUCAAUUUUAACCCACAACAUUUCAGGAAUCCAACCCUCAAGCCGUUGUCCGCAAGGUCUACUCUCACACCAGAAUCACUGCCAAGAACGAAUUCCUCAAAGAAAUCAUUCGCCGCUUGGACAACAACAUGAUCAUCGAACUCCAGAAGCCAUUGAAGAGAGUCGCUAACCUGUUCAACAGAGAAAACGAACCUCUCGCCUUGUUCAUCAGAGAAACCCUGAACAAAAUCCAUCAAAACAAAGACUAUGGCCAAAUCUACGCGGCCGUAACCAGAAGAUCGUCGGAGAAAUCACUACAAGACUUGGUAACCAAGUGCUCAACAAACGAUGGUGCCAGAAUCUUGGAAGAUUUCAUGACAAAUGUCAGAGAGAAUCAGCUAGUCCUUCAUGAGUUCUUCUUCACCAACAACAAGCAGACCAACUCCUAUGCCAUCAAGUUGUUCAUCCAAAACACAUUCUUUGUCAACGAAGCCGCGAUCGAGGAAAUCAAAAUCAAUUUCAAGCAAAACACCGCCAUUUUCAAGUUUGAGUUGUUGGAAGAUAACCCACUCUUCGAUCAUCAUCAUGCCAACAACAAAAAGGCUGUCUACUUCUUGAGUGUUCUGCCAGAACUUGACCUGCUCAAGUCAGAAAAGCUCCUCAAUGUAUUGAAGACGAACGUAGAACCUCAAGCUCAAAAUACCUUCUUGUUUGUAGCUUUACCGACCGGUCAAAACGGCUACGCACAGUACGCAAAGUACGCCGAGAAGGAGCUGAGAAGAAGGGCCAAGGAGCUGAGAAAUGAAGUCGCUGAUAGACUUAAAAGUCACGGUUCUGUUGACCUCAUGAUCUCGAGAGCCGGAUCACCACCUUUGUACACUCACUACGACUUUUCGGCAAACGAAAAACUCGAAAUCUACAGAUUGCCUGAGGAGAAAACCGACAUUAGUGUGGAGAACAGUCCCUACAUGUUGUUCAGACAUAACGUUGGAAGAAUCUCGAGAGUUUUUGUCAGAUAUUUGUUGAGAGAUGUGAAAACGAUUGUCACUCCUGAACGACACUCAACUCAAACGUAUGUUUUGGUGAAAAAUUUUAAAAAAAUGAAGAAUAUUUAAAAAUGAAAAAAAAUAUAUUUUUUAAUCAUUUUUAAAAAUUUUAUUACUUUUUUAUUCUAUUCACAUUAUAAACCUUCAAUUUUAGACCCCUCGAGCUCCUCCAAGAAAAAAUCGUCGACGUGAUUGAUGGAGCUUGUGGAGAACUUCGUGUUCAAGUUGCCGCCAAUUCUACCGGUCGUCACGACAAAAACCGUGUCUUCUUCGACUGCCAUCACUUGAUGAUCGCCUUGGAGUACGACAGUCGUGUCAAGAGCACAGAAGGCUUCUGGAAAGCGGCCAAAGCAGCCCUACAACAAUGUGAACAAUAUCUAAUCCGAAACAGAAUCACCCAAGCCGAGAUUGUCUAUCAAGAUGUAAGUGGACUGGCAGCGACGAAACGUGCCCCAGGAUCAGUUAGAGUAUUGUACUCAAACGAAACUGGUACCAUCAGUGACAUUGGUGUCUACAGAGUCAGAAGCAACGAGUUGGAGAGUAUCAGAGAAGGCUUCGCCAGAUUUGCCAAGCAAAAUGCCUACGCACCAUACAAGGAAAUCGAACGAGUCAAAGUACAAGAGAAGCGUUACCUUGCCAGAGAACAGAACACCACCUAUGUCUAUGAUUAUCCUGUUGUUAUUUCUCGUGCCGUGCUUGACUUGUGGAAACAAUAUGAAAAGUCUGACCCAACCUCAUAUCCAGAAGUCUACAAAAAGCUGCCAGGACAUCUACAAACAGCCAUCAAGAACGGCGACUCACGGCCAGUAGCCACAGCUCACGAACUUGUAAUAAAACAUGGAAGCACCGAAAUUAAAGUACUCGACGAGGAAGAGAUGCUAAAAAGAUCGACCAAUGGUACGAACGAGCGUGGCAUGAUCGCCUGGAUCUUCGACUUAUAUACUCCAGAUGCUCCACAAGGAAAGCAGAUCAUAGUCAUUGCUAACGAUAUUACCCAUCAACAUGGAUCCUUCUCAAUGGCCGAACAUGAACUCUACCAAAAGGCCGGUGAAUACGGUAGACAGAAGAACCUUCCAAGACUGUACAUUGCUUCGAAUUCUGGAGCCAGAAUUGGCUACGCCGAAGACAUCAAAGCUAAAGUUAUGGUUGGAUUCGAAAACGAAGAGAAGCCAGAAGAAGGAUGUUCACAUCUGUACAUCAAGAAACAAGACGCUACGAAGGAAAUCUUGGACCAAAUUGAGUACGAAGUAAAGAAGAACGGUGACUAUAAAAUCAACCAUAUCAUCGGAAGAGAACGUGACAUUGGUGUUGAGAAUCUGGUUGGAUCCGGUCUAAUUGCUGGUGAAUCAUCAAGAGCCUACGAAGAAAUCCCUACCUAUUGCCUGGUUACCGGCAGAGCCGUCGGAAUCGGAGCCUACGUAGCGAGACUUCUUCACAGAGUCGUCCAGGUCGAUAACUCACCUUUGAUCCUAACAGGUAUGAACGCCUUGAACUCAUUGUUAGGAAAGACCAUAUACACUUCGAAUGGUCAACUCGGAGGCCCUCAAAUCAUGUACAACAACGGUGUGUCAACAGCUGUAGUACAAUCAGAUCUACAGGGAGUACGACAUGUUCUGAAUCAAAUGAGUUACUUGAGUCCAGAGAUGGAGAAGGACGAUAAGGAACGUGAUGUGGAGUCAUCGCCAAGAAAGGGACCUUACGAUGUGAUUCAAGUGUUGGAUUGUCCAGAAGGUGGAUUGUUUGACCAUGGAUCAUUCGAGGAAACUGUUGGAGGAUGGGCCAGAACUAUCAGGUAAGAUUUUGAGGUUUUUUGGGUGAAAAAAAUUAUUUAUGUAACAAUUUUUAUUUUUUACAGUGUAAAGCUAUAAAAAAUGUCUUGAUGAAUAUUUUUGCAACGACAAUCUUUUUAGAUGCGGAAGAGCCCGCCUCCGUGGUCUACAUGUAGGUGUAAUCUGCACAGAAACCAACACCGUAGACUUGGAAAUCCCGGCCGAUCCAGCUGCUGACGACUCCCAAGCCAGACUCGUCCAUCAAGCAGGCCAAGUAUGGUACCCAGACUCGGCUCACAAAACCUCCGACCUUAUCAAUGACUUUAACCGAGAGAAGCUACCGUUAAUCAUCCUGGCCAACAUCAGAGGAUUCUCCGGCGGCCAGAAAGACAUGUACGAAAUGGUACUCAAAUUCGGUGCUCAAAUCGUAGACGGUCUACAACAAUAUACUCAACCCGUAAUCAUCUACCUUCCACCAUACGGCGAGCUGAGAGGUGGAGCAUGGGCUGUUUUGGAUACGAACAUUAACAAAACUUGUAUCACAAUGUUGGCUGAUCCACUGGCGAGAGCUGGAGUACUCGAACCAAGUGGAAUUGUUGAAAUCAAAUUCAGACCUCAGCAGUUCGAUCUAUGGAUGAGUCGAAAUGACGGCAUUUUCAGAGAAUUAGUCAAACGAUAUGCUGAUUUAAGUCUAGACAAGGUAGAGAAGGCGGCAGCGAAGGCGGCCGUUGAGAAGCGACGAGAAUUGUUGAUGCCUACCUUCAAGGAUGGAGCUAUCAAGUUCAGUGAUAUGCACGAUACCACGCCCAGGUUGUUGGCUGUUGGAGCUAUUCAUGUAGGUUUUUGAUUGUAUUGUUUUUUGCUUUUUGGCUGGAAUUUUUACCCUGGGGACAACAAAAAUAAAAAAAAUUUAAGUCAAAAAAAUCUACAGGAAAAAAAAAUUUAAUUUUUCUAAUUUCAGGACGAAGUAAUGUGGCGUGACUCACGAAACUACUUCUACAACCUCCUCCAAGUACAACUUUCGAUAUUCCGAAUGGCCCGACGAUAUGCUACAGAAGGCCUCGGAGUAAACGAAGCUGACAUUAGAAUUCGCCACUUGGACGAAGCCAAGGAAUGGACUCUCAACCAUCUAAACCAAAACGGAAUCAAAUUCCACGCCAAAGUUACGGCCGCCAAGUAUCAGAGAACACACCGGUUGUUCGACUAUCAACCUGAACAAAUUGUCAAAUACGAGAGCAGCGACAAGUUCCAAAACAAAUUGAAGGUUGCCAGGAGAGAGAGGUUGCUGCGUGAGAUUAUGAGGUACGUUUUGGAUGGAAUUUUGAAAGGUUUAGGGCUAGAAAGUUGGGAAAACUUAAGACAUUCCAUUGAAUGUUAUAAAGUAUAAAUUUUGCCAAUAAAAAUUGUUAAAUGUAAAAGUUUUGCAGGUUUUUAAUUUUUUUUAACUUAAAAUUAUUUAAUUUUUAUCAAUUUCAGGGACGAAGAAUUCGCGCAAAGCCUCGGCCUCGUCCCAAACCAAAAGUAG